AUUUAAUUACCUGUGACGAAGAACCCUUGAGGAGAUGCUGCUGGAUCCGGCAAAGAUGAGGCGAAAUGUGGAAAACAAAACGCCACGUAGUAGCAAACUGAGCGAAGAAGAACACCGAUUGAAAAGAAAAAAAGAAACAACAAUUAGGAUUUCUGUGAUGAAAGCCAUGCGUCCACCACCAUUAGAGCUCAGCAAGCGGACUACAACACGUAAGAAAGUCUCAGAAGUUCACAUUGAACCGCUCACGAAGAAAGCGAAGGAAAGGAGUUCAACAAAAAGGAGUCUGAGAAGGAGAAGAUCGCAGACUGGAAAAUCGGUGGCGAUAAGCUCUCUUACCAUUCUCGCCGUCAUCGGUCUACAGAAACUUUUCAGUGCUCUUCGGCCCCCGUCUGUGUCUCGCCGAAAUCGCGCGGAAAUACUGUGUCUCCGCCGAAAUCGCCGGGAAAAUACUGUGUCUCCGCCGGAAUCGUCGGAAAUCUACUGUGCCGCCCUCAGUAAAAGUCUUAAUCGACUUCUCUUCUUUUCUUUUUCUCGAUCAUGUCUUUCUUUCUCUUCUCUUCUUCCGUUUCUCUUCUUCUUAUCUUCUCUUCUUCUUCUUUCUCUUCGUCAACGGACAGAACCACAACGGCUUGUAUUCUUCGCCAGGACUAUGCUUCUCUCUCUCAGUCGAUUGCUGAGCUCAGGCAUUAUUGCUCCCGGUGUUCCCAUUAUCUUCGUUAGAACAAAACUUGACCUUCGAGAUGACAAAGCGAUUCUUCACCAUGCUCAAGCUUUCGUGCUAAACUGGCAUGCGCUCAGUCAAAAUCUGACUCGGAGAAGCUUGGAUAGUAAGCUAGGUGAUUCACUUGGGUGGGAGAACAAAAAGACAUGUAUCAUUGCAACACUUUCACCUGCUGUUCACUGGUCUCGAGGAGACCUUAAGUGCUCUAGAUUACGCACACAGGGGCAAAGCAUAUUAGGAGCAAACCAGAGCUUUAACCAGAAAAAUGAUGACAUCUGCCUUGAUAAAGGACCACGCGCGAUGGUGAAAUUAGAACGACUUACCCUCAUGCGGGCAAUGGCUGAGCAGAUUGAACAGAUGGGUGGUCAAACAGAGAAUUAUCAAAAGGUGCUACUUGAGGAGAUGCAAGGCAAGUACACCACGGGCCAAGCUCGGGACUGCUCUGAUCUGACUAACAGGCUUGAUCUGAGCCAAACGAGCAAGAUGCUUGCUUCCACCAAUCGAGGAACUGCAGAAAUCUCAAUAUGCCAUGAAGGAGGAAAGAUUUCAUUACUUCAGAGCAGAAAAAAAGCUGGGAGAGAGGACAAGCUCAGUGCGGAUAACAGAAAAGUGGUGGACAAUUAUCAAGCCAUUCUGGUUCGAGCUUCAAGGGAUAUAUUUACUUCUCACUUGGAGGCAGUGCAGAAUGUAGUCCGCUUGCACAAGCCAAACUCGAGUGCUGCCUCGAGGAAGUUUCAGCAUUGGCGGACCUCGAUUUCUUGCUUUCCGGGGAUGGGACAACACACCGUCGUUAUGAGAAAUGGCUCUCUUUGCCGGGGAAUUGAGACUGGUGGAUUCAAGAACUCCACAGCUUUAAAGAUGCCGUCUCUUCCAACGAAACGUUCUCGGAUGAAACACGUCUCUGUCUUUCCAUGCAAGCUGAGAAUGAACGCCAGAGAAGGUGCUGAUUUCUCGGCUGCAAAAACACUGUCGAAUGGAGUUGCUGCUUCAGCAAUCUGUGGGUCAUGCGGAGUUAGCUUUCAAACACUGCAACUUAAAACUCAUGAAUCUCUCAACAGCAAGCAAGUCGCAGAUGUGUCUUUACUCGUUAACUCUGCUUGUGAUAACGACCCAGCACGAUACAUGUCUCAGGAGGUUGCCAUACUUGGAUGGAUCAUCCCGGAGCCUUUUGCCACACCCCCCAACUCGAAUUGUGGUUCCUCCGACCUGAGAAAUACUGUGACUCAAGGAGCUGAGAGAGAGAAAGGAAAAAAAGAUUAUACUAGAGAGAAAGGAACAGAGUCUGACAUCGAGUUGACUAGUGUUGGAAGUUCUUGGAGAAGCUCUUUCUGCAAAACCUUUACCGGGCGCGAAGAAAUGGGGAAGCUUGAGGGAGGCAUGCAUCUCUUUUUAGAACAAUCGCCGGGCUCGACAUCAGGGGAAGCUGCAGAUUUUUGUACUGUUUUGGUCUGGAAAUCGAACAUUAAGCUUGAACCCUAGAGAACAAACGCCGACGCUCCUCCUGCUGCAUCUUCUGUUGUUGCAUACGUCACAAAACAGAAACCCUUUGAUCUCCGGUCUCCCUGUCUGUGAUCACUCUAGCU